AUGAACGGCAACGGCGUCGUCGCCGACGAAGAACAGCCCCUUCUCGGCCGCAAACCAACGCCGCCUUCUCUCGUGUCCAAAUGCCGCAAGCAAAUGGCGGCCGAGGUGUCCCGUUCCUGGGCCGACUUGGUUCUGCUGCUGUGCUACGUGGUGACGGGAUUGCUGGAUAGUGCGUCGACGCAAGUUUGGGGCGCCUUUGUUUCGAUGCAGACCGGGAACACCGUCUUUGUCGGCCUGGGCAUUGCGACCAUCUUCAACCCCCCGAUAUCCGCACGCCUGUACAAGUCGGGCGUUUCCCUGCUCUCCUUCUGCGCCGGGUCCUUCUUCUUUGCGCGCUUCCACCGCUACUUUUCCCCCAAGAAGCGAUGGGUGCUCUGCGCGUCGUUUGCGGCGCAGACGCUGCUGAUUUCCGCGGCCGCCGUCAUCGUCACCGUCAAGCCGGCGCCCGAGGACGAGCGCGCCGUCGGCUGGACCGUCCUGGUGCCGCUCGCGCUGGUCGCCUUUCAGUCUUGCGGGCAGGCCGUGACGAGCCGCGCGCUCAGGUACAAUGCUCUGACGAGCGUGGUGCUGACGAGCAUCUACUGCGACUUGUUCUCCGACCAGGACCUGCUCAGGCUUCGCAACGUGGAGAGGAAUCGGAGGGCUGCUGCCCCGGCCCUGUUGCUGGUCGGUGCCGUGGCCGGGGGGCUGUUCUCGCAUAGUUCGUUUGGCAUCCAGGGUGCGCUGUGGACGGCCGCGGGUAUCAAGUCUAUCAUGGUGGUCUUGUGGUUCUUUUGGCCGACGGAGGGUGAGGAGAGCUGA